AUCUCAAAAACCAUCCAAGAAUUUUGGGCCAAACGUCUUUGAGAAAUGGCUUCAAGACCUGUAGCCUCCAUUGCCUUGCUCCUAUCCCUCAACCUCCUCUUCUUUAGUAUGGCAAGUGCUGACACUUGCCCCGUCGAUGCCGUAAAGUUCGAAGUUUGUGUCGAUGCGUUGGGGAUUAUUAAAAUCCCGCCAAAUGCCGCUUGCUGUAGUCUCAUUGCUAAUCUUGCUAGCCUUGAAGCUGCUCUUUGCCUUUGCACUGCUAUCAAAGCUAAGGUAUUGGGCAUUAAUCCCAGCGUUCCUCUCGACUUGAGCUUAUUUCUCAACGACUGCGGAAAGAAGCUUCAAAAUGGAUUCCAGUGUCCAUAAGUCCUUUCUUCUCAGCUUUGGCAUGUUUAUUAAUUACUAUUUACUAGCACUAAAUCAAUAAUAUCUUAGAGAAGGCUUCGGUUCUUCUCCCUCAUCAUCUGAUCCCUUUAGUGAAUCGUUCGUAUUAUUAAAUAAUACUAGGGUUCAAUUCUAGCAAUAAGACAUAUGAAAGAUGUUUGUAAUCUUUCUUUUUCAAUAAUAUAUAUU